AUGUAUAACCAUUCCACGACAUUAUAUAUGGAGGGACAUUCAUAUGUCGGUAAGCUUUCUGCUGCUGAAAAUGACAUAUUGGUAGAUAUGUCAAAGAAUUUGGUGAAGCCACGAGACAUCCUAUACACGUUAAAGAAUAGGGAUUCGAACAAUGUGUCCACCAUUAAAACCAUAUACAAUGCAUGUCAGAAGUUUCAAACUGCUGAGAAAACUGGUAAAUCCCAAAUGCAACAACUCAUGUCAUUCCUAUACCAGUACGAGUACGUUUUCUUUAAUCGAAGCAAUGCUCAGACUAAUGAGCUUGAAGAAUUAUUCUUUGCACAUCUAGGCCCGUUAGAACUAUUGUGUGCAUUCCCGCAUGUGUUACUGAUGAAUGCUACAUAUAAAAUUAAUAGGUUUAGGAUGCCUCUAUUUGAGAUUGUGGGCGUGACAUCUUGCAAUUAG